AUGAGCCACCUUAAAAAAUUAGCCUUAGUAAAAUAUUUAUGCAUCCUAGGUAGUCACCAUACAGUCAGUCAGCUGGUCAUAUCUUUAUAUAAAGGAAAAGUAAAAACAAACAUCCUCCAAAAUGAACAAACUGGUGAGUCCGAGAGGGAAGAGAGUUGCAUUCAGGCUGAGAACCAUGAAAUCACUCAUAAGACUUACUUCGACAUAAGCAUAAAUGACAAGCCGAUCGGGAGAAUAACGUUCGGGCUGUACGGAAAAGUAGCCCCAAAGACGGUGGAAAAUUUCGUCAGCAUAUGCAAAGGAACAGUAGUGAAUGGUAAAAUGUUGAACUACACGAAUUCGAUUUUUCAUCGCAUAAUUCCGAAUUUUAUGGCACAAGGUGGCGACAUAACGCACUUUAACGGAAUGGGUGGUUUGAGCAUUUAUGGAGAGAAAUUCAAGGACGAAAACUUUACGUUAAAGCAUACUAAAAGGGGCAUGCUGUCCAUGGCGAAUGCAGGGAAAAAUACCAAUGGAAGUCAGUUUUUUAUUUUAUUCAUUCCGACCCCUUGGCUAGACGGAAGGCACGUUGUCUUUGGGGAAGUAAUUGAUGGGUUGGACAAGUUGGUUCAGAUUGAAGCGGUGGGCACCGAUUCGGGGACUCCUCUAAAACGAGUCCUCGUCACAAAGUCGGGUGUGUUGUAA